AUGGCUGAUUUCAUGGUCAUUGAAGAGGAGCAAUCUGUCAUUGGCGACGUCUUCAGAGUACACAAAUCCACUGUCUGCAGAGCUGUCCAUCGAGUGGCCUUAGCCCUGUGUCGCAGAAUUGACACACAUGUCAAAUUUCCUUCCAGAGACGAGCAGGACGUAUUAGCGGAGCGUUUUUUUGCAGUUGCUGGUUUCCCACGUGUUUGCGGAGUGAUAGAUGGAACACAUGUGCGAAUUCAAGCCCCACACCAAUAUGAAGAUCAAUUUGUCAACCGCAAAAACUUCCAUUCUAUAAAUGUACAGCUGAUAUGUGACCCAGGCAGCAAAAUAACAAAUGUUACUGCUGAGUGGCCCGGCAGUACCCAUGAUGCACGCGUGCUGUCUGAAAGUAACAUUUAUCUGAGUUUUGAGGAUGGAACACACAGGGGCUUACUUUUGGGGGACAGCAGCUAUCCUUGGCUGAUGACACCUUUUAGAAAUCCAGUAGGAGCUGCACAGGAACGAUACAACACUGCUCUAACAAAAACUAGAGUAAUCAUAGAAAGGACGAUUGGCCAGCUUAAAAGGAGAUUUCACUGUCUUCGCGGAGAGCUACGUCUGGAACCAACAAAAGCAGGGAGAGUCAUCAUUGCAUGUGUCGUCCUGUUUAACAUAUCAAAAGACUUUGGUGUGCUCAUGGAUGAACAUGCUGACCCUGAUGAAGCAGUGCAGCCAAAUCAAGAUGUGGAGGAUGCAACAAUGGAGGGACACGCUACCCGAGACAUGCUCGUGCAAACAUUUUUUUCCUAA